AAAACAAAACCCACACACUUCUCUGUGAUUCUUUGAGCAAAAUAUUUGGUCACCGAACGAGUGUUUUUCUGAGGCCUCUCUGUUCUUUGUCGUCUCUCUGCAAGUUUGGGUAUCAUACAGAGCCAGAAUGUCUCAUUUGUUCCAUAUCAGGCGAUUUAGUGUUUCAGAGAUAUUUCCUGCAGCUAUGAUACACCGAUACUAGUUCGAACUGCACAAAAAUUCUGGAUUAGAUUUUCCUUGGGUAUAGAACAAAUGGCUGAGUUAAACCCGGGUAUACUCAUAGAUAUUGUGGAUGAAGAAUGGAUGAGAAGCACUCUUCCUGAUGAUGAACUUCCCCUUCCGCCAGUGCUUGUUGUACGGACUGAUGACACCGAGGAUUCAAAUCAGGAGACUCAACGAGUUGCUGCAGAUGGUUGGCAUGACCUUGCUUUAGGUUCUCAGUGAUUUUUAUUUUAUUUUAUUUACUUUUAUGGCAUAAGAAUUUGUGUAAGUACAGCCUUCUUUCGAAACGUAAUUGAACCAUUGUCCUUUGGAUUUCUUGAAUAUGAGGUUUUGGAGGCUAUCUUAUUGACGUGAAGCUGAUCUUCUGUAUAUUUUGUAAGCAGAUAGCAUAUUUUAUUUUUCCUUCGAAACACUUUUAGGCUUGGACCAUAUUUUUAACU